UUUGCCUUUUAGUCAGCUGGCUGCAAAAUCCACAGGGUUUUCUCCUCCUAUGCUCCGUAAUAACUGGAUCGAAGUGGAAAAUGGGCAAAGAAUUGCACUCAGCUAUGUUCGUGCUGCUGCUCCUUUGCCACAACAGUGACACGUUGUCCCACAUCAGCUGCCCGUACAGAUGCCAGUGUUUCACACCAGUCCAAGUCCUGUGCGCUGAUGAACACAUGACAUCUGUGCCCAGAAACAUAUCCAGGGAAGUCAAGGAAGUCAUCAUCAUGACCUCGUCCAUGCAGUACCUGUUCCCCAACUCCUUAGAGGACGUUUCCCAACUGGAGAAGCUGAUUUUCUUCAACAAUGCACUGCGAAGUAUUCACUCUCAGGCUUUUCAGAACCUGACGGAUCUCAUUGAGCUGGAGAUCAGCGGGAACCCCUGGCUGGAGCAGUUGUUUCUGGGAACCUUUUCAACACAAGCAAACCUGACUAAAUUGCACCUGAAUUACAACAAGUUCCACACCCUACUUCCUGGUAUGUUUAACUCCCUUAAAGGUUUGGAGACUCUGCAGAUGAAAGGCAACGUCUUAUUAGGACUGCCCGCAUUUUUGUUUCUGAAUCUUCAGAAUCUGCGUGAGCUGGACUUGUCUCUGAAUAAAAUUCAACAGGUGGGGAGUGAGACUUUCCCUGGUUUGGUUCGGCUAGAAAUUCUGAAAUUGAACAACAACCACAUUGGCAAUAUUUCAUCGUACACCUUGCAACAUGUUGCUCAGCUGACGGAGCUCCACUUAGAGGGGAACAAGAUAUCAGAACUCGCUGAUGAGACCUUCUCCGUGUUGCCUAAACUGAAGGUGCUGAACCUCAGGGGAAACAGCUUCACAACUUUUAGCGGUGAAGUACUUGGAAGAGAGAAUUCAAGUUUAACGCAACUGGACCUGAGAGGCAACAGGCUGACGGAACUGUCCUUUUUAAACACGCUGACAUCCCUUACCGACCUUUUUUUGGCAUCGAAUCAGCUUUCCAGCCUUCCUGAAGAUAUUUUUAGAAACAUCAGCACACUGGAGAUUUUAGACCUCUCUGAAAACCAGCUGACCUGGUUACCAGAAAUGAUCUUUACUGAUCUCAAAAGCAUCAAAAUUAUCUAUCUCCAUAAAAACCAGCUGAGUAGGUUGGAUGCCAAACUGUUCAUGGACCAGCAUUUCAUUAAGCAGCUCUAUCUGUCUGACAACCAGCUGAAAAAUCUACCUGUGGGCCUCCUGGAACAAUUCGCCCUCCCACACAUGCUGCGACUACACGGCAACCCUUGGAAAUGCGACUGCCACAUGUGGUAUUUGCAUGAAUUGGUUUUGAAUAAUAGCCAGGACAUUGAAAUGCUGGACAGGAUGCUCUGCGAGAGUCCUGACUUCCUUAGGAGACGACCAGUGGCAUCCAUUGACAAGGACGAGCUGCUUUGUCGUUUGUCCCAAAAUGAGGUGCCUGACGUCGGCAGCUGCAGCCUUCACAAAUCCGACGACUCGUUGGUCAUCAGGUGCAAAGUGGAGACGUGUUCUCCGCUGACGGUCAAAGUGCAGUUUUUGGAGCACAAUGGCAGUAUUAAGGAGAAUAUUUGGAAAAACCCCACUUCUCAAUGCAGCAAUGCGACAGCGACCAAGGCGUCCAUGCUGUAGAUUUUUGCUGAUUUCAUAAUUUUUGUUCUUUGACAAGGAAGUUGUACAAUAUAUCAAUCCUGCAAAUGCCUUCAGCAGCUGAUUAACAGUAUGUGAGGGGUGGUUGAACCCUUUUCUUUCAAGGUUCAAAGUACAGCCUGCAUCUUGUUGCUGUCAUCACCAAAAUCAACAAGUUAAUCAUCAACUGGAGCAAUUA